AGCUCUUAAAAGAACCUCUGAAACAGACUCAAGACCAUGAAUAAGCAUGAAGGCUGUGUUUGUAGUUAGGGUGAUAAUUUUAAGUCUGUUCAUUCACUCAGGUUUAACUUGUUACCAGUGCUUUAUAGAUCCAGACGACAGUGUUCGACUAUGCUGGGGUCACAUUCUCACUGAAUAUAAUAUUCGUAAUAUAGACUCCUGUUUCAAAACACUGGAUAGAAUAUUCAACUAUAAUCAAAACGUAAUCAACGCAGCCAAAGUAGGGAGAGGUUAUGACUCUGUACUAAAGGAGAUCCUGCUGGCUGAAAUCAUGCCCUUGGUGGAAGAAUUUGACCAGAACACAAAUAAUGACACUUUGUAUGAAGCAAGGUUACAAGCAGCAGCCGACACUUUCAUCGCAAUGGCCUCUGGUCUGCCUAGAGCAUCCGGUUGUUUCCCCCCGUGUGGUUUUCAGGCUCUGGGUGCUGUCUAUAAUUGCAUGACCUGCCAGUAUGACUCCUGUGCACUUCCUCUGGAUUGCCCUUUGCAGGAAAUCACUGUGGAGGAAAACAACAGGACUCAGAUUUGGUGUACAGUGCCAUUUCUGUUGCCAAGAGACAUACAGAUAGUGUGGAGGUAUGCAGAGACAAAAACAGUGCUGAUGGAUCGGUUUCAGGAGGUGACAGUCGGUGUGGAUCAGCUGUACUCCAUUCCGUCUGCCCGUCCAGAACAUGCAGGCACUUACCAGUGCGAGAUCUUUUCUCAUGGACGCUCCCUGGUCCGCAUCUACUACCAUCUCACAGUUGCUCCUUGUGUGGCGGUCGACCACGUGGAGCUGCAGGCCGUGUUUGAACAGGCUCUCCAACCUGCAGGGUGCUUCCCACUGCUGCCGCCUUACCCCCGGCUCACCCUGCUACGGCUGCCCAGCCCAGACCUCCUCACCGUCUGUCUGACCUCCCUUCUCCUCCUGGUGCUUCUCACUCUAGGGGUGCCCUACUGGUGUUCGUUUCAGAGAAAGGACAGUGAUUCAGACCAAGAAGAUAAAUCACAAAGGAAGAAAUAUGUAUUUCGAGCUGUUUGAGGACUGUUUCAAAUAAAUUAACAUUGGAGUAACUUGGUUAUGUUUCACCACUAGACGGCGCCAGAGCCUCUAGCAUCAUGCCAGAGUGGCUCCUUCUGUACCGGCUUGUAAGACAUACUGGUUGAGACCAUCUAUAAAGAAGUCAUAGACGUGUCUGCGUAUAGAAUGUCUUUACGUUAUCUCCGUAUAGGGUUGCCAUAAAAUUGAAAGCCUGUUAAAUAUGUCAGUUUUAAAUGGAUUUCUUUAUUUCUUUUUCUUUCUCCAU